AUGUAUGAAUAUUGGAAUGGCUAGGACCUUUAGAAUAGACAUCCAAAUAACUUUGAUUAAUAAGGGAAUCAGUUUAUUUAACAAAUUAUUACAAAUAUUACCCAUAUUUUAGACCAUUUUAAUCAAUAAAAGUUUAUAAAUACACUUACUAUUCUUUCUGAAAUAAAAGUAUAAAGCUUACACUUUAAUGCCAAGAAGUUGGCUCAGAGUUCUGAUGAACUGCAAGAUUACAUUUCUCAAUACAUGGAAGUUGAUGGAAAUACACUGAGACUCAAUGGGCAAUUCCAAUAAGGGGAGAAGUAAAAAUCGGCAUAGCUUUUGUUGCAAAUGAUAGAAACGGCUCAAGGGACUAUGAGGGAUUGGUACAAAUUCCAACAUUAGCAAUUAGAGAUUGAGAAGUUUGAGGAGAGAGUGGAUUUAUUGCGUCAUAAUUUUUCAUUGAAAUAGUCCUAAAAUUGUUGUGGUUCCUAAAUUUUAAAUCUAUGGUAUGUCUCUAUAUUUAUAAUAACCAAGAGUAAAAUUAGUAGGCCAGCAUCUUGCAAAAGUCGAAAGAGCGAAGUUGAUGAGUCCCUUUUUGGAAGCAAUAAAAAAAAUGAUGCUAAAACUGCUAAAGUAAUUCAGAGUGUAAGAAAAGGAGACAAUUCAAAUCCAGAUGUUGUAUUAAUAGGAGAAGCGGAAUUAUAAAGAAUGAAAAAUAAUGCCAUUGUGACCACAAAGGAGGAACAACUAUACUAGAAGAAACUCUUAGAGGAACAGAAGGAAAAGUAGAUGACAGCUGCUAAGGCCAAGAAACAGAGGAUGAUAUCACUGGAAGAAGAAAAGAAGAAACAAAUCCCUUUGACAGCGCAACAAUAGGAAGAUAAAGUGGUUAAGGACAGUCUCAAUGCAAGGGCUGCUGAGAUUUUGAAUGAACAAUUGGAUGAUGUUAAAGAGAUGAAUAAGAUGGUUAUGUAUGCCAAAUGUGUUACAAUCAGAGACAAAUAAUUAUAAGAGAAAUAGUAAUUGAAAGAAUAAUUCAAAAAUUAAGAGAAAAGAAAAGAUCUCAUGAUGGAAAUCGAAAGACUCAAAUCAGUUAAGUAUUAUGAAGAAAAGGAUAUCUAACAUAAACAUGAGUUGAAACAAGGUCAUGGCAUUAUUGUAGAAUAAAUUAAAGAGAGAGAAUUGAUUAGACUUAAAGAGAAAGAGGAAUAGGAGAGAGAAGGUCAAGUUAUGAUUAAACAAAUCAAAUAAGUUCAAGUUGAGGAUCAACAAAAAAAUCUAUAGAGGAAACAUAUGUAGAAAAAGUUACAAGAUGAAAUUCUAGAAGCUAACUCAAAGGCUAUUGUCGUUAAAGAAAAGAGAAGAUUGGAAGAAAAAGAAGAAGAAGAGAAGAUUACAAAAUAUAACUUAGAAAAGGCACAGAAGGAUGCUGAAAUAGUUGAGGAACAGAGAAGAAUCAAAGAGGAAAAGGAGAGGGAUGUGUAAAGAUUAAGAGAAAUGCAAGAGAAGGCUUAGGAUAGAUAGGCUGAAUUAGAUUUAUUAAGAGCUAAACGAGCUAUGGAAUAAAACGAGAGAGCUGCUAGAGAAAAGGAAAGAAGGGAAGCAGAACUCAGAUAAAAGUUAAAUUCAGAAUUGUAUUAAGCUAGAAAAGUUCAGUAGAAUGAGAAAUAGGAAAAAUUAGAAGAAUAAGCUAGACUUGAAAGGGAUGAAUUCCAAAGGGUUAUUUAAAAGUAAAAGCAAGAACGUGAAAAUGAACUAAGAUUACAGUAGGAAAAAGAAUAUUUGGUUAAAAAACAUGCAGAAGAAUUGAGAAAAUAGAUCUCUACGAAUGAGGAAAAAAGAAAGUAAGAAGAACGAGAUAAGCUUGAAGAGGGCAAAAAGAUUAGAGAUAAAAUGGUCAAUGAAAAGAAGUUAUUAGAAAAUAUUAAGGAUUAGAAAUUGAAAGGACUCAAUGAUAAUACAAUACCUGAUAAAUAUAAGGCCGAAUUAGCAAAAAAGAAAAUCAAUAUUCAAAUAUGA